UGUUGUUAUGCGGUGGUGUGUUGAUGCCGUGUUUGUUUUCAGUUUAAGAAUUUAACAAAAAAUCAAUUAAAAGCACAUAUUCAGACAACAACAUGGCUAACGUUGAGUCAAUGAUUGUUGAAGAAAAGACGCUGGUCAAGCAAAUCGAUCGCGAGAAGACAUGUCCGCUGCUACUUCGUGUGUUUUGUUCCACGGGUCGUCACCAUUCGGUGUCGGAAUACAUGUACGGAAAUGUGCCAACGAAUGAGCUACAGAUAUACACCUGGCAAGAUGCUACAUUGCACGAGCUGACGUCGCUGGUGCGCGACGUGAAUCCGGAUACGCGCAAGAAGGGCACUUACUUUGACUUUGCAAUUGUGUUCCCCAAUUAUCGCAACAAUCACUUUCAAAUGCGCGAAAUCGGUGUUACCUGUACAGGCCAGAAGGGCAUCGAUGACAACAAGACGCUCGCGCAGGCCAAGUUUAGUAUUGGUGACUUUCUGGAUAUAUCAAUAACGCCACCAAAUCGGAUGCCGCCCACGAGACGCCAACGUCCGUACUAAGCGUCAUAAACGAGAAUUCAAUGCGAAUUUACUGGCUAUUCAUAUAUAUUCAUUCACUUUCAUCUUCACACACUCAAGAUAAUAAUAAAGUACAGACAUAAUUACAGAUUAGUACGAAAUAA